UUUGCUUUUUUUUUUUUAGAAUAUCAGUAUCACCAACUCUGCUGUGAGAGAUGUAAUGAUGUAUAGGACAUUCGACAUCAUCAGCCUACAUUUUCCAGACUUUGGCCACUCUGAAUGGGAUCAGUGGUUUCAAGUUUAUCUUAUUCCAGUUCUUUCUAGCAUGAAUGCAACAAUGCUUACUAUUGCGACCACAGGGAUUAGCUGCACAGACUAUCAAGCAAUUAUUCAGGGGCUUAACAGAGUAUAUAACCAAAUGUCCACCACUGAACAAGAUGAACUGACCCAGGUAUUGGUCGAGUAUUUAAAAGGAACAGCAGCUGAAGAAAAUGGCUCAGGGACCUCUUGUGUGAGUCAGUCAUUGAACAACAGAGAUUGGCUUAUCAGAAAUUUUGGUAAUUUCAGCGUCUUCGCUUCAUACAUGGAUUUUACUGCCCUGAAUAGUAAUUUCACAGCGUUUGAUGUUCUAGACCUUAUGACUGUGACACAGCUUGCUCAGUUUUCCGCAAUUCCCGGAGAUCUGAAGAGCUCUGAAGAUGUCAACAAUGUAAUGUCAAUCGUACGCGUCUCCAGAUUUGGCAAAUUCUUUGAUGUCUUCUCUCCCGCUGUUCAGGCCAACAGUGAUUUCUCAAUGGUUAUAAAGACAGACUUGCUACAGGUGGUUCUCACUAAAGUCUUCAAUGCUCCCGCACGUCUAAAUAUUACAAAGUUUCUGUUGUGGAUCAAUCAAAGGCUUUCACCAUUGCUACCUGCUCUAACACAAAGCCAAGUGUCUCUUCUCUUUAAUCCAGCCUUCAACCUGUCUUGUCAGGCAACCCAAGAACUCCAAAAUGUGUUGGGCUCCAUCAAAUAUAUGCUUAAUGUUACAGUCCAAAGCGAAAUCUACAAGAACAUCUUGAUUUCACUAACUGUUCCACAACCUUUGUGUCGCUACAAAGGUGGCAACUUUCUUGUGUAUCUAAAUAACACUUUGGGCAAUUUCAGUACCUUCCUGACUUUGUCAGGUUUCUUUUCAAUUGUUCCACCAUCACAGUUGCCCCAGCUGAUGAACACGAUAUCACCUGCUCAACUAAGUAUAUUUCUCAGUGUCCCAGGAGUAAUUGAUGACACAAGCCUGUUCCUCAAGAUUUUGAACUACACAAAUCUAGCAAGAUUUAUUGAUCGGUUUAACAAUGCAACAUCGCAGGCCAGCUUACCGAACAAUAUCAAAACUGCUAUUCUGACUGCUGCCUGGCCUACUGCCAUUCUCACAAACAAUGACAGUGAACUGAAUUUCUGGUUUGGGAGAUUAAAGCCCUAUAUUGGAUUCCUUAAUUUGAAUUUCUUAAAUGCCACACUGAAUGCCACAUGCCCUGCAUUUAGUAAAAUAAUUUCACUUCUUGGGUCCAGUACGCUUACCUAUCUUCAGCCAAGUGAUGUGUAUAAUAUGAUUAAAAAGUAUCUUACUCUAGGAACACUGCCCAAGUGCUAUGAUUACACCAAUCCACUACUGAACUCUACAGCUUGGUUUGCUAAUUAUCUUGGGAACUUUGUUAUCUACACAAGCAAGAAUGAUCUUGAAUUAUUUGCUUCUAAUGAAACGCUUACGAACUUCACAACAAAUAAACUAAAUCUGAACCUCUUCAAUAAUACAUCCAUAUCUAAAGAUGUACUGGAAUUUUACACUUCUCUACUUUUUGCAGAAAGACCAAAUUUUAACUUAACAAAGCUCCCAGAUGCUCUUCUUUGUUAUGCUCCAAUUAAUAGUAUCCUGUCAUCAGUGAAUUCAGGAAAUAUUGCACUUUCGUCAGCAAAGCUCAUUGAAAACUGCAAUACUUCACUGUUCACUAAGUUUUUGUCAUCUAUGGCUGGAAACAUUCCAAACGUCACUGCAGAUGUUAUCGCUUUGAUGGGGACGCAGAGCUCUUACCUAACUGUCACUCAGAUUUUACAAACAGACCCAAGUGUCAUACUUCAGUCAGUCAGCAUUUUGAAUCAAGUGCCAAACUGGAGUCAAGAGCAAGCCAAGGAAAUAAUUCAGAAACUACUUUCAAGUGGCUACCAGGUAAAUUCUGACAACCAACUGAUAGCACUUGGAACUUUAACACAAGGACUGACCACAUCUGCAAUUAAGAAUAUUAAUUCUGCAGCUGUCCUUGGUGCCAUACAAAAUGCAACUUUUGUAGAAAACUUGUUGCUUGCACCACAGGUCAUUCAGCAGUUGUUUGUUAAUAAGGUCAUUGCUGCCAACCCAUCAUCAAAUGUAGUACUGCAAAAUGUUCCUGCUAAUUUGGCCAGCUUAAUCCCACUUUCUUCACUGUUUUUUACUGGAAGCAACAUUGAUCUUCAAAGCCUCAAUCAGAAAAACUGGACACCUGAGCAAGCUGCUUUGUUUUAUUACAAUGUUAUGACUAGCACCAGCAAUUACCAGAGUCUUUCAUCGUACAUACUACAAGGAUAUAGUGGUUCUUCAGUGAAAAAUCUUUCCUCUAAUGACAUCAUUGAAAUUAUUAAAGCAUAUAAUGAUAAAGGUGUAACCCUUGUAGAACAGCAGCUGACCUCAAUGGCUUAUUACCUAAAUAAUCAGACAGCGCUCCAGAAUUUUUCAAGUUAUCCUCCAGAAGUUCUUCUGUAUUAUCAAUAUUCUAAAAUCACAGGUAAAAAAUGUAUUGCCUAUUUUAAACAAAUUGGAAAUGCAACUCUACUGGAAAGUACUGGUACACUAAAACAAGCAAAGGUUCUCUUGAAUUCAGCAAAAAAAUGUCUGGGUAUAAACAGCACUAACAUCAGCACUGAAAAUCUAAGUGUGCUUAACAAUAUGGUUUGUACUUUAAAUGGAACAUACAUUGAAAACUCUGACAGUAGCAUUUUGGAGUACUUUAAAAACUGUAGUACACUGACUUCAGACCAGGCUUCAUCCAUCCAGACUGUACUUUUGAAAGGCAACACAACAUAUAGAAAACCUUCUAAUUGGACACUUCAGACACUGAUUCACCUUGGAAAACUUCCCAUUUAUUUUGACAUGAUGUUUUGGUCCAAAUUUAAAGUGGCUGAUAUUAUUACAUACCUGAAAGUUUUUGUUCCUGAGAUAAAGUUAGCCCAAAUAAACAAAUCCACACUGACUAAUCUUUACCAGCAACUUAGCCCUAGAAGGCAACGGCGAGAUACAAGUUGCACUACUGGAAAUAUCACAACAGAUAUUCUCAAGAACUCCAACCUGGAAAUUCAAUAUGAUGCGUCUCAAUUCUGUCUGUGUUUAAGUCCACAAACUGUGAAUGACAACUUGGCACUGCUGGUGGAAAAUAUUUAUCUUGAACCCUAUCAACAAUGUAUCUUAGAUAAAUUAAAUGAGCAAUAUCCAUAUGUGAUUCCUGAAAUCCAGCUUCAAAUGCUUGGACCAGUUUCUCGAUUGGCCACUUUGGGAGACUUUGACAAAUGGACGGUCACCAAGGCUGAUACCUUAACAGCCUUACUAAAUCCAAGUGAUGGCAGCUGGCCUCCGCAUGAGAGUGCACUUUUAAUUGCAAAAUAUUUAGCUGCUGGAAAUACAUUGGAUUCUGCAACACUUAAAGCAAUUGGUGGCGACAACUUGUGUUCUGUGGACAUCUCUGUCCUGGAAGCCAUUGAUGCUCAGGAGCUGAGGGAUGCAGUGCCAUUGAAUAUUUCUUCCUGUUCCUACAAGCAGCAGCAAGUAUUGUAUAACAAGAUUUAUUCUGCUUACAACCAACAAACAAUUACUCCAUUGCAGAGUUUCAUUGUUUUACAAGAUUAUUUGGGUGGUGCCCCACUGGAACAUAUCUUGACUUUUGCUUCUCACAACAUUAACAUGGAAAUGUCAACCUUUCUAACUUUGGAUACAAGCAUAACAAAUCAACUCAGUGUGGCCAGCGUUAUGGGACUGCUUGGCUACAACACUAAAGAUUUGGUCGCCUAUCAGAACAACCCAAAGAUCCAGGCAUGGAUGAAGAAUCAGCCCAGGGCCGCCAUCGACUCUCUCAACCUUGGAUUGCAUGGCGGAUACACGAUAAACGCUCCCAGCGGCGUGAUGAAUUUUGUAGCUUCGACACCAGAGAGAAGCCGUGCCAACCUGAUGCAACCCCACCUGCUGUGGACAAUCCUCAUGACUGCCACUGUGCUUGUAUUACAAAUUGUGCUGUAAAAAGAACUAGAGGACUACAAGUCCUUGUAUUGUGGAUUAUUUUAUUGUUUCCAUAUAAAAACUGAAAAGAGAAUUUCUGAGUAGAGAUGCUUAGGGCAGACUAGCAAAGCUAAACUUGUUAGCAUUGACAAAUGUUAAUUUAUUUUUUAUUCAGAUUUUAUGGAAAAAUUAAACUGUAGCAUCUUGUUUAUUUAUCUUGUAUUAGAUUUACAGAAUUUGUCAGUUUCUUUAUUAUUUUGCUUUCUUUUUUGAAAACUGCCAUUAUUAAGCCUCUUUUUAGCAGUAAUAAUGAUGUGCUUCCCUUUCUUUCACUGUGCGCUGUGACAAUUCAAGCAUAUAGGAUGUUGAUUUCUUCAGUAAUUGAUUUAUUUAAAAUAAAGAGAACAAAAGCAUAAUUAAUUUUUGGGAUCAACAAUUUUACUGUAGAUAUGUAGUUUAUGAUUUAGUGUAAUUUAGGGUGAAUCAUUCUGAAGAUAUUUUUUUAAUUCUAUAUAUAUUUGUAUCUUAAUAAAGGCAUAAUAAAAUGUAAA